AUGCACAAACGGGACCUUGUUGCUGGUCUUCCCAGGGUGCUCCCUCCCCUUCCCGACUCGCCUGCUCCUCCCUGUAUUCCCUGUGUCGAGGGGCGGCAGCGCGCCGCUCCUCACUCCUCCUCCUUUCCCCCGACGACUGCUCCCUUGCAGACGCUCCACUUGGACGUGUGGGGCCCAGCCCGCGUCCGUGGACAGGGUCAGGAGCGGUACUUCCUGCUAGUUGUUGACGACUUCUCGCGCUACACCACGGUCUUCCCCUUGCGAGCCAAGGGUGACGUCCCUGAUGUCUUGAUCCCUUGGAUCCGCAGAUCUCGUCUCCAGCUCACCAGGCGUUUCCGCUCCGACUUUCCUGUCCUGCGUCUGCACUCUGACAGAGGUGGGGAGUUUUCCUCUGGCCUCCUGGAGGCCUUCUGUCAGCAGGAGGGCAUUGAGCAGUCGUUCACGCUUCCGGACUCUCCACAGCAGAAUGGGGUUGCUGAGCGCCGCAUUGGUCUAGUCAUGGAGGUCGCUCGUACCUCCUUGAGUCAUGCGGCUGCCCCCCAUUUUCUGUGGUCGUUUGCGGUCCGAUACGCUGCGCAUCAGCUCAACCUCUGGCCCCGUGUCUCCUUGCCCGAGACUUCUCCGACACUGCGUUGGACGGGAGAGGCUGGCGAUGCGUCGCGUUUUCGGGUCUGGGGAUCCCGAGCUUUUGUCCGCGACACGUCCGCGGACAAGCUCUCCCGUCGCGCUGUCCCCUGCGUCUUCCUUGGCUUUGUCCCGGACGUCUCUGGUUGGCAGUUCUACCACCCCACCUCGCGUCGUGUCCUGGCCUCUCAGGACGUCACUUUUGACGAGUCCGUCCCCUACUACCGCCUCUUCCCCUACCGCACUGCCCCGCUCCCCCCCCCACCUCUCUUCCUCGCUCCAGGUGCUGAGGUACCAGACCCCCUCCCCCCUCAGGGUGCCGCUCCUUCAGGUGUGUCCCAGGUAGACCCGGGUGAGCCUGUCGAGGUAGCUGUUGACUCUCGUCCUGCGUCUGGGGGUGCUGAGCCUGGGGGUGCUGAGUCUGGGGGUGCGGAGCCUGGGGGUGUUGAGCCUGGCGGUGCGGAGCCUGGAGGUGCUGUCUCAGGGGGUGCUGCGUCUGGGGGUGCUGAGUCUGGGGGUGCUGAGACUGAGCGUGCUACACCUGGAGGAGCCCUCUCCUCCCAGCAGCUGCAGGAGAGGUACCUCGAGUACUGCCGCCUCCGGAGAGGUGCUGCUGGAGCUCGUCCCGGUACUUCCCCUCCUACCCAGGAGCUCCCCCCCAUUCAGCAGAUCCGAGAGUGGUACACACGCCGCUGCAGUCUUCGGAGUGGUCCUCCGGGUGCUGCGGACCCUGGGGGUGGCGCUGCUGCUGGUGCUGAGGACCCGGGCGAUGGAGCUGCUGCUGGUGCUGAGGACUCGGACGUUGGAGCUGCUGCUGGAGCUGAGGACCCGGCUGGUGGAGUUGCUGCUGGUGCUGAGGACUCGGACGUUGGAGCUACUGCUGGAGCUGAGGACCCGGCUGGUGGAGUUCCUGCUGGUGCUGCGGACCCGAGCGGUGGCGCUGCUGCUGGUGCUGAGGACCCGGGUGUUGGAGCUGCUGCUGGUGCUGAGGACCCUGCCGCUGGUGUCGCUGCUGGUGCUGAGGACUCGGACGUUGGAGCUACUGCUGGAGCUGAGGACCCGGCUGGUGGAGUUCCUGCUGGUGCUGCGGACCCGAGCGGUGGCGCUGCUGCUGGUGCUGCGGACCCGGGCGUUGGAGCUACUGCUGGUGCUGAGUCCCCUACCGCUGGUGUCGCUGGCGACGCUGCGCGGCCGCGACCGUACUUCGUACCACUUCUUCAGCAGGUUCUUGGUCAGGCUCCUCCUCCUUGUCCUCCUCCCUCCGUAGAGUGUCCUCCGCCUGUCCAGUCGCAGUCACAGUUCCCGCCUGCCUCGCCUCUCCCUGCUCCCUCUCCUUACACUGGUCCCACAGGAGGUCUUACAGAGCGUCGUGAGCCUGAGUCUCGUCCUGCGUCGCCUGUACGUACUGCUCGCACUGGUCGUCGUGUCCCGCGUGAGCGUCCUCCUCCUGUCCCUGGCACUCACUACAUGACUCUGCGUCCCUCCACUGCUCCUCAGCGUGUCCCGCUACCGUCUCCUCCUGCUUCCUCUCUGCCUACUCUUCCUGAUCCGGAGUCUGACUCCCGUCGUGCUGCCAGUCCCACUGUCACCCGUCUCCUCGCUACUGUUGUCACUGACCCUACCUUUGAGUCCACCGCUGCGUCUUCUCUGGUCGCUGAGCUCGUUGACUUUGCUGCUGCCUGUCGUCUAGACUACGCCACUAGCCUCGUUGCUGAGUCUGAGUCUGCGUCUGUCUGUCCUCCGUCCGUCGGGGGUGAGUGUGCUCUUGGCACGGACGUCCUUGAGGACAGACAGGAGGAGUUCCAGUGCUUUGCUGCUGCUUUACCCCACCUCGUGUCCAUGCUAGUUGCCCCUGAGGGAGACCCGGAUGCACCAGACAUCCCGACCCCGCGCACUUACGCUGAGGCGAUGGCGGGUCCUUACUCCUCUCAGUGGCAGACAGCCAUGGACGCAGAGAUGGCUUCCUGGAAGUCCACACGCACCUACGUCGACGAGGUUCCCCCACCUUGGGCGAACAUCGUCAGUGGCAUGUGGAUUUUCAGGGUGAAGCGGCCGCCGGGUUCUCCUCCUGUCUUCAAGGCGCGCUACGUGGCUCGAGGCUUCAGUCAGCGAGAGGGAGUUGACUUCUUUCAGACCUUCUCCCCCACCCCGAAGAUGACCACUCUUCGGGUGCUACUGCACAUAGCCGCUCAGCGCGACUACGAGCUUCACUCACUUGACUUCAGCACUGCUUUCUUGCAGGGCAGCCUGCACGAGGAGAUCUGGCUGCGCCGCCCUCCUGGCUUCACUGGGUCGGUUCCUCCUGGUACCCAGUGGAGACUUCAGCGGCCGGUCUACGGUCUCCGCCAGGCACCGCGUGAGUGGCACGACACACUGAGGACGACACUUGCGGCUCUUGGGUUCGCUCCCUCUACUGCUGACCCGUCACUGUUUCUACGCACCGACACCUUGCUGCCGCCGUUCUACAUCCUCGUGUACGUCGACGACUUGGUCUUUGCCACUGCUGACACCGCGGCACUCGCCCACGUGAAGUCGGAGCUGCAGAGGAGACACACGUGCACAGACCUGGGUGAACUGACAAGCUACCUUGGCUUGCAGAUCACCCGGGACAGAGCUCGCCGCACCAUCACCUUGACUCAGUCACACAUGGUGCAGCAGAUCCUUCAGCGCUUCCGCUUCACGUACUCCUCGCCUCAGUCCACUCCUCUGCCUACCGGUCACUCGCUCUCAGCUCUGCCUUCGGAUGAGUCCGUAGAGCCGAGUGGCCCGUAUCCAGAGCUUGUGGGCUGCCUCAUGUACCUGAUGACCUGCACUCGACCUGACCUUGCAUACCCUCUUAGCAUCCUUGCACGCUAUGUCGCUCCUGGCCGUCACAGGAAGGAGCACAUGGAUGCCGCUAAGAGGGUGUUGCGCUACUUGUGCAUUUCUUGGCGUUCUACUCGCUCCUCUUCUGUUCUCAGCUCCAGUUGUGAGGCUGAGAUCUACGCCACAGCCAUGGCUGCCCAGGAGCUACGCUGGCUGACCUACCUGCUGACCGACUUGGGUGAGCGGCCUCGUUCUCCUCUAGUGCUGUACGUCGACAACCAGGCUGCCAUUGCCUUGUGUGAGGAGCACAGACUGGAGCACAGAACAAAGCACAUCGCCCUGCGGUACUUCCUUGCUCGAGAGCUGCAGCAGCGCGGUCAGCUUUGUAUUCGCUACGUGGCCACUGAGGCCAACACUGCUGAUGUGUUCACCAAGGCGCUUCAGCCUCGUGACCAUCAGCGCUUCUGCACUCUACUAGGCCUUGUGCCUACUGGACCUCACUUGCUUACCUCUUGA